AGCAGACACUGCACAGGUCGUGCCCGUUGCGCCAUUCCCGCAACCAUGAGGUCCUCUGUGUCUUGGGGAUGAUGAUGGCAGGAGUCUCAGACGGGGACGGGUAUGCAUGCAGGUCUCAGAUGGAGGGAAGCGUUGGCCUGGACUUCUGAGGGGAAUAUUAGCUGCCUCCUCCUCUGAAUUCAACCGAGUGCUGCCUCUCUGCUGCAGACCCAAUCCUGCCAGCCUGACAUGUGGACGGACGUGCACAGGUCGCAUCAAGCAAGUAAGUGCCGCGAUAAGGUCUUGUUUCUGCGCGAGGGCCCGGGAUGACGUUUGUUGGUUGGUUGGCCCCCGCUGGCGGUGGUGCUUGGGCCAGCAAUGCGCGGAAAGGUCCGUCUCUGCUGGUUUGGGAAAAUGCCAAGCACGAGUUGCUGGAGAGUGCAGUGCCGGGUGAUUUGAGCACUGAUCAAAUCGAAUCAACUGCCUUAUCUGUCUGGAUUCUUCGGAGAAGAAGCAAGAGGCAAGAGAGACGGGGUCUUCUGUUGCUGUGGUCUCUGACGGAACGUCAGCCACGGCUGAGCCGCCAGCAACGGUGCCCCGGGCCCGUGGGAUCGGUCUUGACUAUUCGGACCGGACCUCCCAGCCAGCUGGUCCCGACAAGUCUUGCGGCUGAAAGUGCGAGCGUGCGUGCAUGGCCGUCGCAUGGAAACGACACAAGACGCAACGCACUUUGGCUGCAGGCAGGCAGAGAAAAAGACUGGACGAAGAGCCAAGAAACGACCGGCCCGGCUAGGGGGGUGCCCCUUGUUGCACAUCCCUGCCCGUUAUGGCCCAGCGUGGGCGCCACCGGCACAGCACCAAGGUUCACGGGCUCCUUUCGUCAUGCCCGGCAGUGGAGCCUGCCUCUUGGGCCGUCGCGACGACUCAUUCCUGGCAGGUCGCAGUAAUAAUGCAAGAAGCGUCGCAUCUCCGGAUGCCAGC